GAGCAGAGGAGAGCAAGUGACCGGGCGGCGGAGGCGGCGGCGAUAUGCAGUUCUUGCGGGGCGGCGGCGGCGGGGGAGGAGGAGGGGCGAUGGGGACGAUGGCGUGGGAGGUGGUGAAGAGGCACUUCUCGCGGAAGAGGGCGGUGGACGUGCGGCGGAUCAACCCCAAGGUGCCCAAGGAGGAGGCCGUGGCCAUCUCCGGCCGCCUGCUCCAGAUCCUCGCCGACCACGGGCCCCUCACCGUCGGCAACACCUGGAACCACGCCAAGGAUGCCAGCAUCGACGGCCUGAACAGCAAGACCCACAUGAAGAUCCUGCUGAAAUGGAUGUGGGGGAGAAGGAUCAUCAAGCUGUCCUGCACGCAGGCCGGAAACACCAAGAAGUUCCUCUACUCCCCGUUCACCGCCGCCGACUCCGAGGCAGCGGCUGAAGAGCCAUCGCCACCGGAGCCACAGCAGCCAAAGAAGAAGCAAGGCGGUAAUAAACACGGGAAAGGGCAACCCAAGAAACAACGGGCGGCUGCAGCUUAACGCCGGUUGCCCGAGAACGUUCACGCUUUCGGCCAUUUUGCUGUUGUUGUGGGUUUUUUUUAUGACACCAAAUAGUUUAAAAGAAGAUUGUGAUGAACCAUUGCGUGGAGGCAAAUUUUAUGCUGGCAGGCCGGUGGCUAUUUGCUCUGUGUUGUACUUCUGUAGUAGACAUUGUGGUAGCUCAGUUAAGCUAUGUGGUAGAAAUAAUGGUAUAAAUCUAGCAGUGUCAUGCUUGAGACAGCACUGUCUUUUUUUCUAGGGGAGUCAGAAGAACAGAAUGGAACUGUGUGUCUGUGUGUCUCUGGGUUACAACCGUGUGCAGUUCUUGGGCUGGGCCAUUUGCAUUUCCAGCCAGAGGAGAAAGGUUUCAGGUUUCCUUCUUUCA